AUAGAAGAGAGAGAGAGAGAGAGAAAGGGAGAGAGAGGGAGACAGAGAGAGAGAGAGGAGCUGGCAGGCGCGCGGAGGAAAACUGGCAUGGUUCGUGUUGGAGGCUGGCACUAAAAACACGUCAGAUAUGAGCGCGAGAGGCUGAGGCUGCAGCGCGAGCUGACAUGAUCAUUAAGGGAGACUUAGAGCGGAUGGCACGAGACGUCGGGCAUGCAGAUAUCUCUUGUUGCUGCAGGUGGCGGACUGAAGACGAUGCUGGAUGCCAUGGAAGUACCAAGUCAUGCUAGGGAUCUCCUCCUGCAGCUCAACAGCCAGCGAACCAAGGGCUUCCUGUGCGAUGUCAUCAUCGUGGUGCAGAACGCCCUCUUCCGAGCUCACAAGAACAUUUUGGCGGCGAGCAGCCUCUACCUGAAGUCACUGGUGGUCCAUGACAAUCUCAUCAACCUCGACCACGAGAUGGUGAGUCCGGGCGUCUUCAGGGUCAUUCUGGACUACAUCUACACCGGCCGCCUCACAGACGGAGACCCCACGUCUCCCACCGAACCCAACCUGGGCGCCGUCCUGGCAGCGGCGAGUUACCUUCAGCUGCUCGACUUGGUGGCGUUAUGCAAAAAGAAGCUGAAAAGAAACGGCAAGUACCCGCCCCGCACGAGUCCGGCCUUCCUGCCCUACCCAAAGAUGGGGCCCAACAGUAUUGGGCUACGGAGCGAUGGCAGGUACAGGCUUUCUACGCCGGUCAUCCAGCCCUGCCCUCCAGGGGGGAUUUUGAACAGCCACACACAUCGGGCGCCACCACUAGACGAGAUAGUUCCCCAUCGACUGGGCAUCCACGCCGGGGAGUUGUACGCUCCCAUCUCUGCCCAGGGCUCGCAGGUGUUCCCGUCCCUGCAGGCGGCUCUGCCCGUCCAGCUCGGGCGUUCAGCUCACGCUGAGAGGAACUGCUCCCCCAACUUUGGCCUUGAUCUGUCAAAGAAGAGCCCAGGCUCUCAGUCUCAGCACACGCCCUCUCACUCCCACCUGGCAAACGCUCACAAUGACGAGGAGCGAGACGGGACUCUGAGCGGCCGCACCAGUCCCAUGCAGGGAACAAACGGCAGAUCCUUCUCUGAAAAGAUGGAGUCCACCGACCAGGCCAGCUCCCUCACCCCUCCACCAUUCCCCCACCUCAACCAGCCUCUCGCUCCGCACCUUCCUCACCUGCACCGCUCGAGCUUGCAGGGAACAGAUCGCUACCCGUGUCCCCCCAGCCCCGAGACCCCCACGGACGGUGGAGACACGGGCAGAGAAAUGGGCAACAUCUACCGCUGGGUGAAACACGAGCCGCUGUCCUUCACGCCUGAGGAUGAGGACGAGGACGAAGACGAGGAGGAGGGCGGAGAAAACGGAGACCAGCAUCACAACCACCACAAGACUGGGGAGGAGAGCGAAGGAGCGGACGACAAGAGUGGCUCGGGGACAGAGGAGACGGGCAGCAGCGAGGGUCGCCCGUCCCCUCCUGGACCAAUGGGGAGGUUCCACAUGCCGUACGAGCCUGAGAGCUUUGGCGACAACCUCUACGUCUGCAUCCCCUGCGACAAAGGCUUCCCGAGUUCAGAGCAGCUCAACGCACACGUGGAGACGCACACGGAGGAGGAGCUGUACGGAAACUCCGGUGGCGAGAUGGGGAACAGCAAUAACAGCAACGGCAAAAACAUGAGCAGCAACACGAACGGUUACGGGAGCCUGAGCAACAGCAACAGCCUGAGCAAUCUGUCCCACCUGGAGACCAAGUCCAGACAGGGGCUGGUUUCAGGCGGCAUCGGGGACAUGAUCCGACCGUACCGCUGCUCCUCCUGCGAAAAGACCUACAAGGACCCGGCCACUCUGCGGCAGCACGAGAAAACCCACUGGCUGACGCGGCCGUACCCGUGCAGCAUCUGCGGCAAGAAGUUCACGCAGCGCGGUACGAUGACGCGCCACAUGCGCAGCCACCUGGGCCUCAAACCCUUCGCCUGCGACUCCUGCGGCAUGCGCUUCACCCGCCAGUACCGCCUCACCGAGCACAUGCGCAUCCACUCCGGGGAGAAACCCUACGAAUGUCAGGUGUGCGGGGGAAAGUUCGCCCAGCAGCGCAACCUCAUCAGCCACAUGAAGAUGCACAGCAGCGGCGGCUCGGCGGGCGGACUCACCGCCGACGGGAAACUGAAGCUGGACUUUGCGGAGGGCAUCUACCCUCUGAGUAAAUACACAGCAGACCACCUGGGGCUGAAGCAGGAGAAGGCCAACGAGCUCCUCCUCCAGGCCCAGCAGCAGCUGGUGGCGGAUGCGAAGGCCAUGGAGAGCCUCUAUCCGCUGUCCAAGCUCGCCUCGGAGCACCUGGGCCUCACCCACGACAAGAUGGACGUCCUGGGCCAAGCGCUGCCCCCUCCCCCGCAGGCGCUGUCCGAGGGGCGCACCAUUGACCGCUACUCACCCAGCUAAGACAUGUGACCCGUAUCACGCACCACCAGGGCUACAUCCAUGCUACUGUGUUUUCAUCCCAAAGAAAAAUCCACAUUAGUGCUUUUACACAUCGCCCAAACACAGGGAGCAACUUUUUAACUUUAUCACGAACUAACUCUGAGAUAAACUGCGUUUUUUUUUUUUUUUAACAAUGAAUCACAAGUUGUCUUAAAGGCGUCAUACGUGAGACCAAAGAAAUGAGACAUCUGAUAUUUCCAUACGAGGAGGACCCACUUUUAAAAGAUGGAAAACGAUAUAAAUCGUGAUAAACUUACGCACGUGAAAACUUUUAUUAAAGAUUUACUUCGCAGGACCCAGAAAAACUCCCCGUGACCCAUCUGUGGGUGCUGACCCAGACUUUGCGAACCACGCUGAAACACAGUGAUGAAAACACAGUCGUGUGGAUGCAGAUGUUGUCUGUAAACACACACACACACACACACACGUCCAGUAUUCUAAAGCCAUUCACCUCAGCUCAGUGUCCUCCUCUGCACCUCAGACUCAGGCCGGAACAAACCGGUCUGCUCAUGCACACCAAAGACUGUAAGUGCCUUUCUAUGCAUCUAAUGUACCUUAAAAAAACAAACCUCUGUGCUUUUUCCACGACCAAGAGACACUCAAUCAAAGAAGUACAGUAUUUAUCUGCAGCGAAUGCAAAACACACACACACACACACAAAAAUCAGCUUUUGAGCCAAAGUGACAAAAUGAAAACCAAAAAAAAAGAAAAAAAAGAAAUUGUUUUUAUUUAUUUUUGUACAAAUCCAAAGAGAAAGUGUUUGCAGUCAGACCCGAAACCUUAAACCUGUGUACUCGGACUUUUAAAGCACAUACAAACAAAGAUUCAGGGUUUGUGUUUGUGUCCAGAGCUGAGCGGGAACUUUUUAUCAAAUGAAUAAACCGGCUCUUCUGGACUUUAAAGUAACGGGAGGAAAUAUAUUGUUCUUUCUUUCUUUCUUUUCUUUUUUUCUGGAGGGUUACUUGACAAUUUAUGUAUCUGACCCUCCACAUUCUUCCCGUGGUUUUUCCUGCUUUCAAAGUCACAAGGAAAUGAUUGAACGAGAGAAACUGUUUCUGCCUUUCAGUAAAGUUUUCCCCACUUUUUUUAAAAUUUUUAUUAUUUUUCCCUCCAUGCUGGUUUUUUUUGUGUGGGUAAAGGCUGAGGCGGAAACUUUUAAACACUUUUAAACUCCAAAAUCACACGAGGCAACAAUCAAUUAUAAUGUUUUGAAUCUGAUAUUAGCACUGCAACAAUAAAUGUAUUGAUUAUCCAUCAAUUGCUCAAUGAAACUCCACAUGAUCUGUGAUUUAUACGUCUUAAAUGUGACUGUUUUUCUGGUUUCUUUGCUCCCCGAUGAAACUGAAUUUGAACUGGAUUUUUUUUUUAUUUUUCAGGUUUUAGAAAACACAAAUUGACAUUAUUUGUCAAUUCAUCAAUAAAACAAUCAACAAAUUGAUCAGUUAUGGGAGAAAAUUCUUAUUUUUUAGCCCCUAAACAGAAGAUUCACUUCCAAAUUUAUGGCACAAAUCAAACCGGGAAGGCGUGGACUCGUAUGUAAAAGUGGACGUAUAAAAACAAGAAAAUAUAACCACUAUUAGGUGAAAAUUACUUGUUUCAAGCUAAAUGCAGCAAGAAAAUGGCAACUUGUUAAGUCAAAUUAUCUCAAGUAAAUAAGUCCAAAAAUGGUGAGAUUAGAUAAAUACACUGAAUUCAAGUCAAGUUUUUACAGUGUAGUCUUUCCAUUGCAAAACAAACUCCUGCACUCGUAUUUUAUUUCUAAAAAGAUUUACAAAACGUUUUAUAGAAGACGGAGCUGAAACCAGAGAUUGACACCAGAGAUUGACACCAGUAACUCCUCAGGAAAAAUGUUAACUGACGUCUGAAAUCAAGCGAGAAGUAGAACCAGAGCGAGCAGUGACCAGAUGAGUCGCCCCCUGCUGGCCAACUGCUGCUACAUCCUGGGCUUCUGCGUUCCAUUUGUCGACAAAAAUUGAAACAGCAAAGUCACGUACAAACACUGCUACUCUUACGUUAAGUGUGUCAUCGACAUAUAGUGCAACAGGAACGAGGCUUUACAAGUGUGAAACCUCACCAAUAUCACUUAUGUCGUAUUUGUUUCACGAUAAAUCGUGAAAUCAACGAGUCGUACACAUAGGACAGUUUCAUUUGUAAGCGCAGACGCUGUUUCUACGUUGUUUAUGGGAGCAAAAUAUCAUGUUGACGUUGUUCUUGACCGGUAUUUAGCUCCGGUGUCCGCAGAGUUUUUUCCAUAAUACGUAGCCGACGUCACUCGCUGCUCCGUCUUCAGAGUUCCGAUGUAAACGUAACGCUGCGUUCUCCUUUACAGCGCGUAAAAAAGAAACUACAGACAUUUAUUUUUCUCUCUGUGUCACAGUAGAUUUUUUUUUCUGCGUUUGGACUGAAAACGUCCCCCAGCUCACACAGAGGAGUUGUUAGUGAGACGCAGCCCUGUGAUCUCAUGGCUGGGACAUGGUUGCACAUACUCAACUGAUGACACACACACACACACACUCAUGUGAAGAGCGGGCGUUGUUUCUGACGUUGCGUAACAAUAUUUACAAUAACAGAUGAAGGAGCAGGUCGGCGGUAACGACUCAGAAAUGUGACGGGAGUCGUUUACUCUGCGAAUUCCCAGCAGUCUGAGGAGUUAAAGGUGCACUGUGUGACACAUGUGACCGACACGUGUUAGUUAACAUUGGCCUCUGUUUAUUUUCCCUCUUAAUCAAUGAGUUUAAUUUGGUCCAAAAAACUCAAAAUUAUUCAGUUUUAGUGAUUUCUUUGUUACAUGGAGCAAAGAAACCAGAGAAUAUUCACGUUUUAUGAGCUGAAAAGUCUGAAAACCUGUUUUUAUGACUCAAAACAAUCACUUAUCAAAGUAGUCGACAAUUAAUUGAGUCAUCAUCGAGUCAAAAACUGAAAAUAAUGAUAAUAAUAAUAAUUCUCAAAUGUUGAAACAAAAAUCCGUUUUCAUGAUUUCUUUGUCAAAAGGAGCAAAUAAACCAGAACAUACUAUAUAUAUAUAUAUAUAUAUAUACAUAUAUAUAUAUAUAUAUAUAUGAUUUCACUCAAAACAAGCAGUUGAUAAUUAAUUUAGUCUUUAUCGAGUGGUCUUUGCAGCUCUAAACAACAAAAGUCACAUUUAAGAAGCUGACAAACAAUAGAUCGGUUGUUGCAGCCGAUAGUAGAAUUAUUUCUAUGUAACAUUUCUGCAAAAUUUAACGCACUGGACCUUUAAAAACAGAGUUUCUCAACCCUGACCCUCUGCAGUUUUUAAAUGUUUCCCUCAAACGACACCUGAUUCCGAUGAAUGACUCAUUAUUAGGCUUGAGCGGAGCUCGAUGACGAGGAUUGAGAAACACUCUUUAUUCUCUGGAUUCACACAAUCAUUUUUUUUUUUAUUUACAAUCGCGGCCAAAUAUCAACACACUGGACCUUUUUAAAACGCUGUUUUCUGCUCCAACAACACACACACACACACACACACCUGAUUCAAAUCAAAUCAGUUUGAGCAUUGAUGACGAGGGGAACAUUGAAAACAUGCAGGAAUUUUGAAACACUGUUUUAAAAGAUGCCACACACACACACAGACAGACACACACAGACAGACAGACAGACAGACAGACAGUGAGCAGCUUCAGUGUCAGUGAGUUUUUGCGUCUCUUCUCUGGACGAGCGCAGCUGUCGCGGCUCAGUAAUCCCUGUGAAAUCUGACUGUUUUUUUUCUCCAGCACAGUUCGCGCCGCGCGCCAGACACCACGUCCAAUUUCACGCCUGCCAUUAACAGCCUCUUAUCCACUUAUUAACAAGCCUCCUCCUCCUCUGGUGUCAAACACAGACACUAAAGUCGUGUUUCCCGCGUCUUCAGUCAGAUUUUAAAGGCACAUUCUUGAAAAGAAAAAGAAAACACGUCGCCCUUGUUCUCUUUUAUACAUAUAAAUAUAUAUAUUUGUUUGUUUUGUUUUGUUUUUCUUUACUCGUCCUCGAUCCAGAUUAGAAAUGUCUGACCACUAUUGUGCCAACGCCAACCUCAGUGGGUGAAUGUGAAGACCAUGAAAACACUGUGACAGACGGAACGACACAAACACAGCGUGCCUUUCUCUUUCUCUUUUUUUAAGUGUAGGAAUAAUUUAAGAGCUUUCUUCUCUGUAGCAUACGAUCAUAUCACAAAUGUCUUCUCUUCUGUUUCUUCAUGAUUAUUAUUGUUUGUUUCUUUUGUUAAGUUUGAACUGAAAGCAGCAGCAGCAGCACACGUGAAGCUGGUGCUUACCUCAGGACUGAAGCCAGCGUGGGGAUACGAUACGCUUUAGUGAAAACACCCCAAAACACACACACACUUAACAGGACUGUGGUUCUGUGUUAAACCUGUGGUUAUUUCUGUGUUUCCUGUCUUCUUAGAGAUGAUAUUAUGAUUAUUAUUAUUAUUAUAAAGGUUGUUUUUUACUCUGCA